AUGAGCAGACAAAGAAGAAAAGCAGAAAAGCAGAGAAAUGCUGAAGACAGAGGGCAGUGGGCCACUAAAACAGAAUAUAUUCUGGUCGUUGCAGGAAGUGUGGUCGGCCUGGGCAACGUGUGGAGAUUUCCUUACCUCUGCUACAAGAAUGGUGGAGGUGCCUUCCUGGUGCCAUAUGGUCUGUUAGCUGUGUUUUGUGGGAUACCUCUGUUCCUGUUGGAGACUUCAGUCGGUCAGUGCACCCAGGAAGGAUUCAUCACCUGCUGGAGGAAGUUGUGUCCACUGGCACAAGGAAUUGGAUUUGGACAGCUGACAAUUUCACUCUGUUUCUUCAUCUAUAUUCUAAUCGAAGCUUGGGCUCUCUUCUACCUGGUGUUCUCAUUCAGAUCCCAGCUCCCCUGGGCCACCUGUGAGAACACCUGGAACACAGCUACCUGUCUUGGUCUUCAGACUGUCAUUUCAGCUAAUGUGACUGCAAAUCAGACCAACAUCACUUCUGCUGCUAUUGAGUUCUGGGAACGACGGGUGCUGGGCGUGUCUGGAGGCAUCGAGGAGCUGGGCAAUGUGAGAUGGGAGCUGGCUUUGUGUCUCCUGGCCUGCUGGGUGUUCUGCUACUUCAGUAUCUGGAAAGGUGUCAGAUCCUCUGGAAAGGUAGCGUAUUUGACAGCCACGUUCCCCUAUGUGAUGCUCCUGAUCCUACUCAUCAGAGGCUUGACUCUACCAGGAGCUUGGGAAGGGAUCUACUACUACCUGUAUCCAGACCUGAACCGCCUGGCCAACCUUGAGGUCUGGAUAGAGGCAGGAUCUCAGAUAUUUUUCUCCUACAGCCUGACUGCAGGCACUCUAAAUGUCCUGGGCAGUUAUAACAACUACAACAACAACUGUUACAAGGACUGUUUCUGGCUCUGUCUGCUGAACAGUGGGACCAGUUUUGUUGCUGGAUUUGUCGUCUUCUCAGUACUUGGAUUCAUGGCUCAGAAACAGGGUGUUGCUGUCGACACUGUGACUGAGUCAGGUCCUGGUUUGGCCUUCAUUGCUUACCCUCAGGCAACAGCCUUGAUGCCUUUGCCACAGUUCUGGACUGUCUGCUUCUUCCUGAUGCUUAUUCUACUGACCGUUGACACACAUUUCGUGAUUGUGGAGAGUGUAAUCACCACAGUGAGUGAUUUGUUUCCGAAGUUGUUUCGUGCACCAGUGAGACACGAGAUCUUCGUCCUCAUCAUCUGCGUAUCAAGCUUCCUCAUACAUCUCACCUUGGUUACAGAUGGAGGAAUUUAUGUGUUCCAACUCAUUGACUUCUAUGGCUCCACCAGGGUCUGUCAGAACUUUAUGGCAAUUUGUGAAUGCCUGGCUGUGGGUUGGAUUUUUGGUGCUGAUCGCUUUUCUAACAUCAUUGAGGACAUGACAGGACAGAGACCAACUGUUUUCUUUAGACUGUGCUGGAAAUACACCAUUCCCCUGCUGUCACUGAGUUCCUUGAUCCUGUACCUGGUCGAUUACAAACACCUCAGGAUCAAUGACUGGUACGUUUACCCUGACUGGGCGUACGCACUGGGAUGGACUAUGACACUCUCCUCUGUUCUCAUGGUGCCACUGUGGGCAGCUGGACAGAUGUGUUUGACAUCAGGAACCUUCAGACAGCGUUUGUCUGUCCUUUGUCGCCCUGCUGAAGAUCCAGCCUGCAAGGGGAGAAAAACAAGAGAGGAAACGACUGACACUGUCUGCAGUGAUAAAUUAGUGUGACUGCAAAGUCUGGAGACAUUUCAACAAUCAUGUUGUCAUCAGUGCAAGGAAAAAUACUAUGGGUGUUUCUCAGCAUGUUUCUACAUCGUGAAUAAUGGAAAAUCUGAUGAAUAACAUUUGUGUUCAAUGUUCAAUGCCCUCAAUCUCACACAAAGCUAACGCUGCAUUAGCUACAGCCCUCAAUAUGUGCAACAAGUGCCCAGAAACAUAACUUACAGUAUAUACAUACGUAGCUAAUAUGUGCAGCUAAUAUUCACUAAAUCUCUUAGGAUGAGGGGUAAAGACAAUUUUGAAAUGAUUUGGCACAGAGGAAGACUGCUAACGUUACGCAGCUAGCCUUUCUGGAUAUGGAUAUAUAUAUAUAUAUAUAUAUAUCAGGAGUAUUUGUACAUGUUUCACCUUAACUCUUUUAAAACCACGGGAAUCACCAGUGACACCACGGCGCAUGUGUAUUUCAAACUAUAUGACACGAUUAUUGACAAAAAUAGACAAAAAAAAAAAACAAACAGGCGUUUUAAUAAAUAUAUCUAUUAUUAUGGUGCUAAAAGGGAUAAAGCUGCAUUACUAGGGGAACGAAAAGGUUGUAUAAGAACUGUUUGUGGCUUUGCAAAUGAAAACUUAAGCACUUAACACAUGGCUGACUGGAAUGCUUGGCUUAAGACCAUGCUUCUGAGCUUAUCAAAAAGAUAAAAUGGCAGACCUGGCAUCACAGCCAAACCCACAAUCUGCCAGAAGGUGGAGACAUUCUAUCAUGUGGAUCUUGUGACUAUCACUUGGCUUUUCCGCAUGUUUUGCUGAAUAAUUUUGAUCUUAUGUGCUCAAUACCUUAUCAUCACAUUUAACAAUGUUGACACGAAAAAGAAGUUGUAUAAACAAUGUCAUAAAUGUUUCACAUUCACUAAAGAACAUACAAAUCUGUGGCUCAAAUACUUCACUCCCAUGAGGGAAAUUUCAUGGAUGUUGUAUAAAUUGAAUUUGUCAAGUCUUCAGUUAUUGUGUCUAGAUGCAUCUUGCUCCCAAACAAGUAAAAAGAAAGUUGCAUAUAUUUCAGGUUCCACAACCAGAAUCCAGGAUGAAUAGAUAACAAAUUUUUCAAAGGAAACAAUAUUGAAUGAACAAAGUUUAAAACAGAGCUUUUUCAUUUGAAUAUAUAUGAAUGCCAUAGCAAGAGAGUCCAAACACAUGGUGAAAUAAUGAAGAGGAAAGGGUUGAAGUUUCCUUACCUCUGCUACAAGAACGGUGGAGGUGAAUAUUACAAACUCUGUUUUCAGUUGAGUUGCAUUAUUUUGUCAAAAGACUUGUCACUGUCAUGUGUGUACAUGUCUGUAUAACUUUUCUACACCUGUAGGUGCCUCCCUGGUGCCAAGGCGAGUUGACGUGUGCUGAGAUAAAAGAUGAAUCAAUAAAAAAAAUGACAGACAUGACACUGCAGAAAUGUAAUUGGUUGUGUAAACCUCAUCUAUCUCUGAAAAUGUGGCUUAAAUAAAUUUGGCAAAUAUUAA